AACUAACGAGGCGCACCUGAACGCAUCGCGCCAGACUGCGGACGGAUGAUGUCAGUUUACGGGCUGUAGGAGUUUCUGCAGCCCCAUGUGUGCGGCGGACGCAGAGUAGGCCUUUCUGCUGGCCGUCAGCAGGCAGGAGAGGAGAAGAGGAGGGAGGAAAAGUGUGUUUACACAGACGGCAAAAACGCCUGGGGAAUCGUCGGGGAGAGGAAGUCAGCCGGCUCUGUGUCUGCCUGCUCCAACUUCCUGCUCAGAAAAAGAAAAAGCACGGGAUCCUAUUUCAGUCCAGCACAACUGUGUAGACCAGAAGUAAGCAUGGAAAAACAAGGAAUCACUCAGGCUUCACCGUAAAGUUUCGCAGAGGAAAACACCGAGGCAGAAAUCGCAGGUAUGGACAGCGCCAUCACUCUGUGGCAGUUCCUGCUGCAGCUGCUUCUGGACCAAAGUCACAAGCACCUGAUAUGUUGGACGUCCACUGACGGAGAGUUCAAGCUCCUGAAGUCAGAGGAAGUGGCCAAGCUGUGGGGGCUGCGCAAGAACAAGACCAACAUGAACUACGACAAGCUGAGCCGAGCCCUGCGCUACUACUACGACAAGAACAUCAUCAAGAAGGUGAUUGGCCAGAAGUUUGUCUAUAAGUUUGUGUCCUUCCCUGAGAUCCUGAACAUGGACCCUCAGGCGGUGGAGAUGGGUCUGGCCUCUGGCAGGUUUCCCCUGCAGGAGGGAGAGGCCUCAGAGCUGGAGGUAGAGGAAGAGGAGGAGGAGGAAGGGGAGGAGGAGGCCCAGAGGAGAACCCUGGCGCAGCAGUGUAGGAACGACUACCUCCGCUCCGGCCUCUACUCUUCCUUCAGCAUCAGCUCGCUGCAGAACCAGCCCGAGCUGCUGCGCGCGCUGCGGGAGCGCCAGGAGGAGCCGCGCUCCGUCAUCCGCUUCGGCACCAAUGCCAACGAGAGGAGCUCUCCCCCCUCUAUUAAGUCAGAGUCCUACAUCCCGCCAUCCAAACACCGGUCCCUGUCCUCCCCCCACACCCACACAUCCCGGAGCUGGAGCCCUGCCGUCUUCGAGGAAGAGGAGCCCUCCGACCACAGCGCCCAGCCCCUCAACCUCUCCUCCGGGCACCGGGAGCGCGCCAUGCAGCCCCCGGAGAAGAGGAGCAGCAGCAGCAGCGCCGGUAGAAGUAGCUCUAGUAGUUACCAAGGAGAUGGACUCCCACCAAAAAGCAAAAAGCCCAAAGCUCUGGAGAUCUCCGCCCCGUCUCUGCUGUUCUCAGGGAGCGACAUCGGCUCCAUCGCCCUGAACAGCCCGGCCCUGCCAUCCGGAUCCCUCACCCCCGCCUUCUUCACUGCUCAGACUCCCUCUGGUCUGCUGCUGGCUCACAGUCCUCUGCUGUCAGGCAUCCACUUCUGGAGCAGUCUGAGCCCCGUCGCACCGCUCAGCCCCGCCCGGCUGCAGGGCCACGGCUCCCUCUUCCAGUUCCCCAGCCUAAUCAACGGACACAUGCCUAUCCCCCUGCCAAACCUGGAAGGAACACCCUCCUCCCUGCUCCUGUCCCACAUCACCCACAAAUCCUGAUCCAGGGUCUGCGGAUCAAAACCUCCCAUCUUCAUGCAUCCCUUGUUCUGAGCGAUCAUCAGCAGCAGCAACCAUCUCGUGUCCGUCUUGUUAGAUUUCGCUUCAAAAAAGUCCUAGGAGACAGUUUGUGACCUCACUUUUUUGCACUUGAGUUGCUUUAGAUUCCAGUGGUUGAAAGCACUUGGUAAAAGCCAUACGCCGCGAUGUCUGAGAGACGUCUGGCUCUUUAUAACGUACAGCACAUUUCCACAUGACCCUGUCCACGCUGGACAGUAGAGACGCAUAGCUCGCUGCAAACGGCUAGCCAGCCGCUCAUUCUGCGCAGAGAGCUUGGUUAUUUUAAUCUUGUAUAAAUACAAAAAAAUCUUUGUUUUCCAUAAGUGUUCAUCACAACGUGAAACUGGUUGUUUUACUUGUGUGGUUUUCUAUGUAAUGUAUGCACUAUGCUUCUCAGAUAGUACCGGCUGUGCCUUGUUGUCCUAUUUUUCUCUUUCCAAAACCUUUUAAUGAAGACGAGAUUUCAAAUCAAUGAAAAACCUUUGUAACACUUGUAAUGUUCAUUUUUUUUUUAUACUGGACUUGGUAUACAGUUUGUAUUCUGUAUAAUUUUGUAUUGUGAAGAAUGUCUUGUCAUUUUCAAUAAACAAAGCAUUGAAUGCUUAAA